CUGCUCUUUAACAGUGUCAAGGGAACUUCAAGCAAUAUACAUAUCUAGGAAUUCCGGCUUGAGCAAUUCAGGUACCUGCCUACCGUAUAUUGAACGCUUGGAGCUCAAUGACAAAGGGAGUGCUACCUAACUUUAAGCAAGAAAGGCGCUGCGGCUUGAGCUUACGAGCGGGACCUUCAGCCUGCCUUUGUGGUGCCCAGCUCGCAAGGAGCAGGGUUGGGGACGUGGAGCUUUUGGUAGUAACAACUCAGUUUGCGUGCAAGGCGCGCGCAAAGUGUAUGGUACAUUGCUGACGGCUCCGUUGGAGCGAUUUUAAGUUCAGGUCCACCCAGGAGCCAGGAUGGAGGACAUGAAAGUGGACGUGGACGAGGCUCUUCUCCGGCAGAAACAACAAGGACUGAGCCCAGGGGUUAUCGUCUUGAUUGUUGUGACAGCGGUGCUGCUUUUCUUCGUUGUUGGAAACUACUUCCUGUUUAGUUACUAUCAGAAGAUUGCUCCCCCCAGAAAAAAGAAGCCGGUGUCAAAGAAGAAAUUAGUAAAGGAGAAGCGGAAGCAGGGAAUAAAUAUGUCGGGUGAAGCUUAAGUCCCUUUGAAGCAAGAGACGUUUUGAGGAACGUGAACUGAAUGAGUGUUCCGGAGUCAUCUCUCGCCAGCGCUGUAGAAAGGUAGGCGGAAGAGGGAAGAUUUUUGGAUUGGUCUUAACCAGCGGAGAGGCGCACUAAUCAAAGCUGCUAAAGCGUCCAGAAAUCAACUUGCUCUAGGGGGUUUCAUGCUUCCGAAGGUCCAGCUUUGACCAUAGGAAAGACGGAGACGGGCGACACAAUCUGACGUAUUUCUAAGUAGCAACAAACUCGGAAGUUGUACAAUCAGUUCUCAAAUCAAGCUGUCACUCCCGAACAGUUCAACGUCGAGACCAGAGUCUGUGCAGACCUAUCGGGAAUUUGCAAUCAUAUAGCAUGAGCCGCACUGAUGACAGAAACAUGGUCAUGGC